CUCAUUGGCACCUCCGUAAAGAGAAUGAGCCGAAAAAAAACGCGCGAGAGAGGAGACGAGCGCGCGCCGCGCUCAGCGAAAAUUGGAGAGCUCCUUUCCGCGCGCCUUGACUGAAUGAAAAUGGAUUUUUAAACGAUCAAUUAAAAUAUGCAGCCAUUUAUUAGACUAACAAUUUCAUCCAUACUCUGAAAUUAAAUUCCUAAAGCAGAGAAUGAUAUUAUAUACCGUAUAGGUAUAUGGAAGAGUGCAUUGGCACCUGCGUUCUGAAGCGCAUGCCGUAUUUUCCUACCUCCACACUUAACGGGAUACGGUCUUUAAUGCGGUGUUUACCCCUUAUAAACUACAAUGGCGGAGCUGGAAGUUUCGAAAAAUAUCACUUUGGAAAAGGUGGAGCGAUGCAUGAGUGUGAUGCAGUCAGGGACUCAGAUGGUGAAGCUGAAGACUGGUUCUAAAGGUCUGGUUCGUCUAUUCUACCUGGAUGAGCAUCGGUCAUGUAUCCGCUGGAGACCAUCUCGCAAGAGCGAGAAAGCCAAGAUCACCAUCGACUCACUCUACAAGGUCACGGAAGGUCGUCAAUCUGACAUCUUUCACCGACAUGCGGAGGGCAACUUUGAUCCCAGCUGUUGUUUCACCAUUUACCACGGCAACCACAUGGAGUCUUUGGACUUGGUCACGUCGAACGCGGAGGAAGCGAGAACGUGGGUGACGGGACUCAGGUACCUGAUGGCCGGUAUCAGCGAUGAAGACUCUUUAGCGAAGAGACAGCGCACCCAUGAUCAAUGGAUGAAACAGACGUUUGAGGAGGCUGAUAAGAAUGGAGAUGGUCUUCUGAACAUUGAAGAGAUCUACCAGCUUUUACACAAAAUGAAUGUCAACCUGCCUCGCAGAAAAGUCAAACAAAUGUUUCAGGAAGCAGACUCUGAUGACCAGCAAGGCACACUGACGUUUGAAGAGUUCACUGUAUUCUACAAGAUGAUGUCAUUAAGGCGAGACCUCUUCCUUCUGCUCAUGUGCUUUAGUGAGAAGAAGGAUCACCUGACCCCAGAGGAACUUGGCAACUUUCUGGGGGUGGAGCAAAAGAUGUCCAAUGUGACCCCAGAGAACUGUCUGGACAUAAUCAAUAAGUUUGAAGUCUCUGAGGAGAACAAGCAGAAGGGAGUUCUUGGUGUUGAAGGGUUCACCAAUUACAUGCGCAGCCCUGCCUGUGAUGUGUUCAACCCUCAACACAAUGAGGUAAAUCAGGACAUGGAUCAGCCUCUGUGUAACUAUUUCAUAGCUUCUUCCCACAACACCUACCUGACCGGAGACCAGCUGCUGUCCAACUCAAAGACCGACAUGUAUGCAUGGGUGCUGCAGGCCGGCUGCCGCUGUGUGGAGGUGGAUUGUUGGGAUGGUCCAGACGGUGAGCCCAUGGUCCAGCAUGGAUACACUCUCACCUCCAAGAUUACCUUCAAAUCUGUCAUCGAGACCAUCAACAAAUAUGCCUUCAUAAACAAUGAGUUCCCGGUGAUACUGUCCAUAGAGAAUCACUGCAGCAUUCAGCAGCAGAAGAAGAUAGCGCAGCAUCUAAAAGAGAUCUUUGGAGACAAGCUGGAUGUGGCGGAGGCCCUGAACAAAGACCCCAAGCAGCUUCCCAGCCCGAACAGCCUGAAGGGAAAGAUACUCAUAAAGGGGAAGCGUCUAUCUCCGUACCUGUCUGCAGAUGCAGAGGAGGGGGAGGUGUCUGAUGAUGAUAGCGCUGAUGAGAUUGAAGAUGACUUCAAGAUGAAGAACAGCAUGUCCAACGGGACCAGUCAGCACCAGGUAGAGACCCACAUCAGGAAGAAACUCGACUCUCUGAUGAAGGAGUCUCAGAUCGGGGAUAAAGAAGACACUGACAGCUUCUCCAUCAGAGCGUUGCUCCGUGCCACUCACGAGGGUCUGCAGAGAAACCUGCGAAAGAAUUCCAAAGAUGGCAUGAAGAAAUCCCAGAGUCGCUCUUUUAUCAGCAACCUCAAGCAGAAGAGGCACUCCAAAUCAAGACUGAAAUGUCAGAGUGUUGAAACAGACGAUGACGGGCUGCAGGAGACAUCAGGUGGACAGUUCAGCAGAGGUGGAAGAAGGAGAAAAACGAUAAAGCUGAGCAGAGAUCUGUCAGAUCUUGUGGUGUUUACCAACUCUGUGGUUUCUCAGGAGUGUUUAGAUGAGGGAUCGCAACAUAAUGUUCUGUCCUUUAGUGAGACGCGGGCUCAGCACCUGGUGCACCACCAAGCCGAGCGCUUCCUGACUUUUAACCAGCGGCAGCUCUCUCGGAUCUAUCCCUCCGCCUACCGCAUCGACUCCAGCAACUUCAACCCACAGACAUACUGGAACGUGGGCUGCCAGUUAGUGGCUUUAAACUACCAGACGGAUGGACGCAUGAUGCAGUUAAACAGAGCCAAGUUUAUGGUGAAUGGAGGGAGCGGAUAUGUGCUCAAACCCGGAGCCAUGAGUAAAGGCUCAUUCAACCCACUGAACGACGAUCCGCUGCCUGCAAAUCCUAAGAAACAGGUGGUGAUAAAAAUCAUCAGUGGACAGCAGCUGCCCAAACCCCCUGACUCAAUGCUGGGAGACCGUGGAGAGAUCAUUGAUCCUUUUGUGGAGGUGGAGAUCAUUGGCAUUCCUGCGGAUUGCUGUAAAGAACAGACCAGAGUUGUGGAUGAUAAUGGAUUUAAUCCAGUAUGGGAAGAGACCUUGUCUUUCACACUACACAUGCCUGAGGUGGCUCUGGUACGCUUCCUGGUCUGGGAUCAUGACCCUAUUGGCCGAGAUUUUGUGGGUCAGAGGACCGUAGCGUUCAGCAGUCUUAUGCCAGGAUAUAGACACGUUUAUUUGGAAGGAAUGACAGAAGCAUCCAUUUUUGUCUAUAUCACAGUGCACGACAUCUAUGGGAAGUGGAGUCCUUUAGUCCUCAACCCAAGUUAUACCAUAAUGCACUUGCUAGGAGCCAAUAAGGGUCGUCAGCUUCGGGGUUUCAGAGGCUUAUUUAAUAAAAGUUCAAAGUCUUCAGUAGACACAAAUAUCGGUGUCCCACCACGUAAACGCUCCAUAACAGACCACCUCCUCCGGAGAACAGCCAGUGCCCCUGCCAAAGGCCGCAAAAAGACCAAGAUGCCGUUAGCUGAAGUUCCGCACGAAAGAAAACUGAGUACUGGGGACUCUCAACCUACCGAUGUAGAGAGAAGAACAGACAAUAGAAAAACGCUUCAACACCGGCCAGUCUCUAUGCCCAUGGAGAAGCUCCUACACAGUAAAGUCAACCUGACAUCCACAGAUCAAGAGGGGACAGAUACAGGAGCCGACACAAUCACUGAUUCUGUUCACCAUCAGAAGCCAAAAUCCAUCUCAAUGGAUCUUCUUAUCGAAACUUCUGCCUUUAAAAGACCCGAUGGUCGUUCCCUUUCUGCCAAUCCCAUUCAGGACUGUAACACUGAGCCCAAGGAAACUAUAGAAACUCCAUACCUGGUCAUUGAAAGCAGUAGAGAAAGUGUGGUUGAUCCUCACCAAGAACACUCAAGCCACGGUGUCAUCCCAACUGAGGACAUUCAAUUUUGUUCUUCCAAAAAGCCAGCAGACCACUGGUUAGAUCCCUCAGAUUAUUGUAAUGGUGAUUUAAGCAUGCAAAGAAAAGAAAGUCAAAGAGAAUCCAGCCCCUUACAAUCUCCAAGAAAUAAAGUGUUAUCAACCAAGGCAGCCACUUAUUCCUCGUCCUCCUCUUCUUCAUCUUCUUCACGCACCUUUACCAAAUCUGACCCUCAAAUCGAUCAGACUGACCAGAGUCAAGUGUCCCUUCAGGACAGUGCUCUGUCUCGCCUUAUUGAUGCUGUCUCCCUUGGAAACGAGAACGACACCUGUGGAUCAAUAUCUGCUCUGAUUGGCCAAUUUGACUUGACCGUUGAGCAAAGCCCCUUAAAUGUACUGUCAAACUCACAACCAUUGAAAUAUUCCUUACCACCAAAUGACCUCCCUGAUUUCAGCAAUGAGCUUUCCAGCACUCCGCUAAAGGCCAUUCAAGAAUCUUCUGGCUUAACCUCUGCUCUACCUGACAGAUCCUCAAGUCCUGCAACUACCGAACCUGAAGUUUUCACCAUCCUGGAUGAGGAGGUGCUUUCUCCUGUUUCCUCACACAACCAUUAUCAAAAGAACUUCCAAAAGGACCUAAUUGGCUCUCCAGUGGCCAGCAAAGUAUCCUCACCCAUCAGGUGGCCUUUGGAGAGGUUCACACAAGGUAACGUGAACUUAGUAUCAAACAGAAAGACAAGGUAUGGCAGUCAAUGUCAUUCCACAGGGUCCAUGAUGCACUAUGAAUUUGGAGGUUACAGAGAAACCUCAAUGAACAGCACAGUCUCGGACCGCUUCCUAUUGUGCCAAGACUCUGCGAGCAGCAGUCUGAUGGAGGUGGAAAUCAACGUGGACGGGGAUCCCUUAGAUGACACAUUGAUCUCUCCAAAUCAAGACCAUCACUGGUGUAAUGACCUCAAAAACGGCUCCAAUCAGCCUUCCCCGUAUCACGUACCAAGACUUGAACCAUCCCAUCCUCAUAAACCCUCAAAUCAUCCUUCUCCAGGUCAUUCUCAUUCAAUGGAAACAGCAAUUCACAGACACUACCAGUCUCCAUCAUCACAUCACAUUCCAACCUCCAGUACUGUCGAUCACAACAAAUCCCAUCCCAGGAGAUUUCCACUUGGCACUCACAGAAUAGACACAACAGAGGAAAGGCACCAGGAAACAAGAUACCAAAGUGGCUGUAAAGUUGAGCAUUUGCCAAAAAGCUCUUUGUCCUCCGAAUGUCUUGCAAGGACUCGAGGCAGGCAAACUUCAUUAGAAAGAGACUUGUAUAAACCUGCAUCAGACAUUGAGAUGAUUUACAACUCUGUUGCGUUACAAGACAACAGAGCUCCCAUAAACUCAUAUUCCCCGCAAAAACGCCAUCCUCCGAUCUCCCCAGUGUCCUCCAAUACGUGCAAGUCCAAGAGUCUCGGAGACUUGACCUCUGAAGACAUUUCUUGUAACUUCCAAAGCAAGUACAAGUUCAUCAGCCGAAGUUUCGUCACUCCUGCGAUGCGAGACCAAAGACGGAUGUGUGGGUUGGCCGGUAGACCAAAGUCAUCGGACCCCUUAACUGAGCAGCUUCGCAAGCUUGUGACCUUAGACCAUGAGGACUAUAUGCAUGCUCCCUCCUCUUCUCAGCCCACCACUAAACUACCUACAGUCCUUCAAAGUUCAACUGAUGAUCCCGAAGAUCCUCCACCGUUCCUCUCAAGGCGGCUUUCCUCCCGGAGUCAAAGUCGUGUGCGUCACAUAGCCAACCGUGCACGUGAGAAACAGCAAGACGCCUUGAAACACCAGCAUCUUGAGGGCUCCACAGACGUAGUUCUCCGUAAUAAGCUCUCUUCCCAAAAUCCUCCACCGAACAGGCAUUCUACAGGCUCGUAUAUCGCCGGUUAUCUGGAUCAGCUAGGUCCAGAGGAUAGAGGUUUGCCUGAAGGCGCCUGCACUACGCUACGCUAUGGAUGUGGAGAUGGAUACUAUGCUGAUGAUUCUUUGCUCCCUCCUGACUUCUCCAGCCAAGCCGAACCUGAGGUUUACUUUUUGCUGAGGCUUUGACAGCGCUGUUUUCGGACUCUGCAUGCGUUUCCCUGUAACAGUCUGAAGAUGUAUGUAGCAGGACACUUCCAGAACUGUGCACUGUACAUAUGCUGUAUAUCACAGUAGGGGGUGUACUGUAUCAAACUGUUAAUGUAUAUGUGGUCCCGUCUUUCUUAAAAAAAAUGUAUUGUUAAACAUGUGUGUUGUCUUAAGGUGAAAAAUAAUUGUUAUAAUAACAAGUAAUUGAAUUUAAGAGGACAGUUUGGGGUAUUUGUUCUGUUUAUGUAGUACAGCAAAGCCAUGAAUGGGCUUCACUUUUAAUUCAGUCUUCCUGCAUAUCAAAUGUUAUUUGUAUGUCUAUGUAGUUUGUACAUACUUGGUAAAUUUAUCCUCACUCAAAGCAUUAUGAGUCUUCAUUUCAAUUUGAAUAACUGUGAUGUUUUUCUUUAGGAAACAGCAUGUGAACCUGUGAACAUUUCAGCAUGACUAUGCACAGACCUGUAGAUGUUCCUGUGCUAUGAUUUUGCACAGAAUUAUUGUGUUGUAUUGAAUGCAAUUACAACACAUUUACCUGCUUGCUCUCACUUGCUUGCUUUCUAUUAGUCACACAUUGAAAAUUUUUCUUCAUAUUCUAAAGCUGUAUGUUGAAAGUUUUAUUUUUGUAAUUGCUUUGAUACAGAUAGCAAAAAUAAACAUUUGUUAGACUUAA